AUGCCUGAAAAUCCUGCUGCAGAUAAACAGCAGGUGCUGCAGAUCCUUGAUCGUCUGCAAGCAAAACUGUGUGAGAAGAGAGAUUCCCAACAUAAUGAAAACCUGACUGUUCUGCGUAACACACUCAGGAGCCCUUUGUUUAACCAGAUACUGACCCUCCAGCAAUCCAUCAAGCAGCUGAAGGAACAACUCAAUUAUAUGCCUCCUGACCGUUCAGUAGAUUUUGAUUUUACUAAGAGAGGGCUACUAGUGUUUGCUGACAAAUCAGUUGCUGCUGGGAGUGUUUAUACACCUUGCAGUUCACCUGAACCCAAAGCAUCUACCUUCGCUCCAAAUCUGGGAGUUAAUGAAUUUAAUGCGAUCAUCCAACAGAUGGCAAAGGGAAGACAAAUAGAAUCAAUAAAGAUUGAAAAGCCUGCUGUUGGAGGUCUUGGAUUUAGCGUGGUCGCCCUUAAAAAUCACAGCUUGGGAGAAGUUGGUAUCUUUGUCAAGGAAGUCCAGCCAGGAAGCAUAGCUGACAGGGAUCAAAGACUAAAGGAAAAUGACCACAUACUGGCCAUUAAUUGCACCCCAUUGGAUCAGAACAUUUCCCAUCAGCACGCUAUUGCCCUCCUCCAGCAAUCCACAGGAUCUCUACAUCUGGUUGUUGCUAGGGAGCCAGUUCAAGGAAACGGCAGAACUUCGGCUGUCUUAUUAAGUGAUAUAAAUCCACCUGAGACUAUUCACUGGGGCCAUGUUGAAGACGUUGAGCUGAUUAACGAUGGUUCGGGAUUAGGCUUUGGAAUUGUAGGAGGAAAGUCGAGUGGAGUAGUUGUAAGAACAAUUGUUCCUGGGGGAUUAGCAGAUCGGGAUGGGAGACUCCGGACAGGUGAUUACAUCUUACAGAUUGGAGGGACUAAUGUGCAAGGAAUGACCAGUGAACAAGUUGCCCAAGUGCUGAGAAAUUGUGGGAAUUCUGUUAGAAUGAUCGUUGCAAGAGACCCAAAGUGUGAAAUUACGGAGACCCCACCAGCUCCUGUGAGCUGGCCAGUCAGUACAUUACCUUCCUUUCCAAAUGGAAAUGAUAAUACCAACCUUUUUGAGACCUAUGAUGUUGAACUUAUAAAAAAGAAUGGGCAAAGCCUGGGCAUAACAAUUGUUGGAUAUGCUGGCACAUGUGACGUGGAACUUUCAGGAAUUUUUGUGAAAAAUAUAAUACCUGGUAGUGCUGCUGACCACAAUGGCCAAAUUCAUGUUCAUGACAAAAUUGUUGCUGUUGAUGGAGUUAAUAUACAGGAUUAUACCAACCAAGAAGUGGUAGAGGCAUUGCGUAACACAGGACAGACUGUACUCCUUACCUUGCUUAGAAGGAAACCUUCUACUAUUUCUUCAGAAGGACCUUCAGACAGAGUGCAGCCAACUGUUCCAACCUUUGUGUCUCCUGGAGCUGUAGGGACUGAAGCUAGUGUAGACACUAAGAAUAAGGAAAAUCAAGAACAGAAGGAUAAUCUUCAAAAUGAAAAGAAGCAGAGUCUACAUAAAACAGGAAGAGUCCCACUCCCUCCAGCACAUGAGCUGAAAUCCAAGUGGGAAAACCUGCUGGGACCUGAAUAUGAAGUUAUGGUUGUGAAUGUGGAUAUGCCCAUGACAGAUGAUUUGGAGCUCCAGAAGUACUCAAAGCUCUUGCCCAUCCACACUUUGAGAUUAGGAGUUGAGCUUGACACAUUUGAUGGACAUCAUUAUAUAUCAUCAAUUGCUUCAGAUGGUCCCGCUGCAACACUGGGUCUUCUGCAACUGGAAGAUGAACUUCUGGAGGUAAAUGGAGUUCAGCUAUACGGAAAAUCACGCCGUGAGGCAAUCACUUUUCUAAAAGAAGUGCCACCUCCAUUUACGUUGGUUUGCUGUCGACGACUUUUUGAUGAUGGCAGUGAGUCUCUUGUGGAUGAACCCACUGUGGGAGUUUCCCCUCCAGAACCAAAGAUGAAACCUGAAGAAGACCUUAAUCCUGAGGAGGAAGAAGGGGAAUUAGCAUUAUGGUCUCCUGAUGUGAAGGUUAUUGAACUGGAGAAGGACAAAAAUGGUUUAGGAUUCAGCAUUUUAGACUAUCAGGAUCCUUUAGAUCCAACAAGAACAGCCAUUGUGAUCAGCUCUUUGGUGGCAGGCGGAGUCGCCGAACGUGGGGGUGAACUUUUACCAGGUGACCGCUUGGUGUUUGUAAAUGAGAAAUCUUUGGACAGCACCACUUUAGCAGAGGCAGUGGAAGUGUUGAAAUCUGUGCCCCCAGGUACAGUUUCUCUUGGAAUCUGCAAGCCUUUGGUGGGAGAAAGCAAAGAGGAGCAGAGCAUGCACAGUGUGGAUUCCAGCAACAUUAAAACCAGCCCUGCAUCCCCAGAACCAAUAGAUAAUAAUAAUUUCUCAAUAAUACUUGAAGCACCACAGGGUUUCAGAGAUGAAACACCUUUCAAAGAAGAGCUUGUUGAUGAACCAAUUUUGAACUUGGGACGGUCAUUUCAGCUUUCUCAAAAUGACAAUGAGUAUGAGAAGGAGUCCUGGGAGAUGCAUGAAUUUCUGAAACCCAGAAGAGAAGAAAUGGAUGAAGAACGGGAAAUGUUGGUGGAUGAUGAGUAUGAAGAAGAUUCAGACUUCCUGAAAUAUAAUGCAUCCUAUGAACAGAAGGUAAUUUCAGAGAGGAACCUCAAUACAGAACAAUGGACAAAGCAGCUUGAGACUAGGGAAAUACAAGACUUAAGAUCCGGUGUUAGCUUAAGUCCUAAGCAGUCCCUGGAAUAUCCCUUCAGUAAAGAUCCAAUGUGUGAAGAAAAUGUUAGCGUAAGUUCACUCUCUUCUGGAACCACAGCACAGGGUGGCUACCAAAAAGACAUAUUUGAUACUGAAACUACCCAGUCAGGAGCAAAAAACAAGAUGGAAUUAGGUACAAAGCUUCAAAUUGACUCUAAAGGACACAGGCUUGCUGUUGAUCUGGAAGCUGUUGAAACAGAAGAACUAAAAGGAGAUUAUGUUUUUUCCAAGAACCAGGAAUCUGGGAAAGUUACUACCUCAACUCAGUCCAGAACAGUGUUGUGCAGUGAAUUACCUGAGAGAGAAGAAGGAGAAGGAGAAGAAACUCCAAACUUCAGCCACUGGGGACCACCACGGACUGUUGAGAUCUUUAGAGACCCUAACGUGUCUCUUGGAAUCAGUAUUGUUGGUGGACAGACUGUCAUAAAGCGCCUGAAAAAUGGAGAAGAACUUAAAGGGAUCUUUAUCAAACAAGUUUUGGAAGACAGCCCGGCAGGAAGAACAAGGGCUUUAAAAACUGGAGACAAAAUAAUUGAGGUUUCUGGGGUAGACCUACAAAACGCCACACAUGAGGAAGCAGUAGAAGCUAUCAAGAAUGCGGGAAAUCCUGUUGUGUUUGUGGUUCAGGGUUUGUCUAACAUACCAAAAGUGGUUCCUGCCGUACAGCCUAAGGGAGUCAAAGUCAGCAAAGAUCAGGAUGCAGAGAAAGAAAAUAAGAGUGAAAAGAGACAAUAUGGGGCUCCACCUCCAAUGAAAUUGCCACCACCUUAUAGAGCACUUGAAAGACUUCAUGCAGAGGAACCCAACGUGGAUGAAGAGGAGGAUGAGGAUGCUUGUGCAGAGAAAAAAAUCAGGCAAAGAUAUGCAGAUCUACCAGGAGAGCUGCACAUUAUUGAGCUUGAGAAAGACAAAAAUGGGCUUGGACUGAGUCUGGCUGGCAACAAGGACCGCUCUCGUAUGAGCAUCUUUGUAGUUGGUAUCAAUCCAGAUGGACCUGCGGGACGAGAUGGAAGGAUGCAUAUUGGCGAUGAGCUGCUAGAGAUAAACAAUCAGAUAUUGUAUGGAAGAAGUCAUCAGAAUGCUUCUGCAAUCAUUAAGACUGCCCCAUCGAAGGUCAAGCUAGUUUUCAUACGAAGUGAAGAUGCAGUCAAUCAGAUGGCUGUUACUCCUUUCCCGUUACCUUCCAGCUCCCAUUCUUCUGCUGAGGAUCAUGGUGGCACCGAACCUGCAAGCAGCGAAGAAGACCCGACUUUGGAAGUUGUCAUGAAAAGUUUGACUGAUGAGGAAUCCAACAAAGCUGAUGUGAAAUGUAAAGCUGACAAACCAGUGCUGGCGGAUCCACAAGAAGUAGAGGAGCAGCUCCCAGAAAAUGUCCUCAACCAGAUCAAACAAUCCAAAACUUCAACAAAAGUACCAGUCAACUUACAGGAGAUACCCCUGGUGCCAGCACCUACUUAUCUUUCUCCAGAGGCAGAAGUCCCCAGCCGUAGUGUCUUUCCACCACCAUUGCCUGUGGAUCCAGCAACAUGUCCUAUAGUUCCAGGGCAGGAGAUGACUAUAGAGAUAUCUAAGGGUCGGUCAGGCCUAGGACUCAGCAUCGUUGGCGGGAAAGACACUCCACUG